UAUACCAUCCGGGGGCUCUAGAGGGCAGAGUGACAGUGUCGUUGACGGAUAUCCAGCAACGAAGAAGCAGGACGGAACACGUGUGUCAACAACAUGGGUAAAAGAAGGCAGAAUAAGAGUCUCUUUACGAGUUUGUCGAAAAAACAGAAGAAACAUCUAAAGGAAUUUGGAGAAGAACACCCAUUCCAUGAUGCAGAAAAACAAGAAAGAACUGAAAUUGUGCAGCUUACAGAAAGUCCUGAAGUGUCAGACUCUGAGCAUAACAUUCUGGAAGUAGAGGAGGAAGAAGAACCACAGCAAAAGACGGCCUACCAGAAACUUCUUUCAGCUAUUGGACGACAUGAAGGAGACACUAGCAGUGAAGAGGAACAGAGCAGUGAUGAGGAUGAGGACGAAGACGACGAAGAGCUCCUUGUGGAACAGGAGAGUGAGGACGAUAGAGAUGACAGUGAGGAAGAAGAUGCGACAGGAGAAGCAGAACUCGCCGAUGAAGAUGAAGGAGAGACAGAUCUAAGGAAAGUGGAAGAAAAGGAGAAAGCAGACGAAGAGUUUGUCGAUAAGGAGUACGAAUCCCAUUUCUGUCUCGAAGCAAACUUCGUCGAUGGAGAAAAUGAAGAUGAGGGAAACAUGGCUGAGGAAGACAUGAGCACAGACCUUUUUUCACAGCAUUUGGACACAGAACUCAGUGAAGAAGAUGUGCAGAAGAUCACGUCUCACACCAAAUCUAAGACAUCUGUCAUGUGGCCAAAAUUGGGCAACCUGCUCUGUACCACUGUCCUGGACAAGUAUGGACCUAUUGGCUCUCAGAAAGACACAAACCUCCCUGUUUUUCACAAGCUCUUGGAGUCCAGUUGGAAGAAUCUUAACCAGAACUCUAAUCCCAGUGUGACGUCUGAACAGAUCAGUCCUCUCCAGCAGGAGCUUCUGGCUCUCAUGGGCUCCUACAAAGACCUAUUCUACCAGGAGGUGUGUCCUCUGAACAAAGCUCCUCUGGUGCGCAACGCGUACUGUGUUCACGUGCUGAACCACAUAUUGAAGUCCAACUCCCGGGUCCUGGCUCACAAUGCAGAGCUACGAGAACAGAAAAUUCAGACAAAACCAGGAGCUGAGCCACAGGAUGAAAUCAGGGACCGAGGUCUCACCCGACCCAAGGUCUUAAUUCUUGUGCCAUUCCGUGGCACAGCUCUCCAAGUUGUCCAAACGUUCAUCAGUCUCCUGGAGACCAAAGGCAAGAAGAUAGUGGUCAGCAACAAGAAGAGGUUCAAGGAUGAGUUUGGAGCAGAGGCCGACGACCAGCCAGCCAAUCUGCACCGACCAGAUGAUUAUCGCGCUAUUUUCUCUGGCAAUGUCGACGAUCACUUCAGGAUAGGCAUCUCCAUUGUGAGGAGCAGUAUUCGUCUGUAUGCACCAUUUUAUUCCUCUGACAUAAUUAUCGCAUCUCCGCUCGGCCUGCGCACAGUGCUAGGAGCCGAAGGAGAGAGCAAGAGAGACUUUGACUUCCUCACGUCCAUUGAGGUGCUGGUGCUGGACCAGGCCGACGUCUUCCUGAUGCAGAACUGGGAACACGUUCUGCACGUGAUGAACCACAUGAACCUUCAACCUCUCAACUCUCACGGGGUCGACUUCUCCAGGGUGAGGAUGUUUAACCUGAAUAACUGGGCCAAACACUACAGACAGACCCUGGUGUUCAGCUCCAUCCAAGAACCGCAGAUCAACAACAUAAUCACCAAACACUGCGCUAACUACCGUGGACAGAUAACCACUAAAAACAUGCCAAACGUGGGCUCCAUCUGUCAAGUGCUGGUUCAACUGCCUCAUGUGUUCCAAAUGUUCUCAUCCGACAGCUUUAUGGAUCACGAUGCGAGGUUCAAAUUCUUUGUGGAUAAUGUGCUGCCUCAGUACAGAGACUCUGUGAUGUCCCACACUCUGAUCUACGUCCCCUCCUACUUUGACUACGUUCGAUUGCGCAACUACAUGAAGAAAAAAGAGCUGAACUUUGCCAGCAUCUGCGAGUACUCCAGCAAAUCUGAAGUGUCCAGGGCCAGACAUUUCUUUCAGAAAGGGCAGAAGCAGUUUGUGCUUUUCACUGAACGUUUCCACUUUUACAAGAGGUACACUAUCAAAGGCAUCCAAAACCUCAUCUUCUACGGGUUACCCUCCUUCCCUCAUUUCUACAGCGAGAUGUGUAACAUGCUCGCAGCAGGGUCUCAGGGAGAGGAGGCCAGUUGGACCUGCACCUCCCUCUAUUCCCGCUACGACGCACACAAACUUUCUUUCAUCUGUGGAGUAAAGCGUGCGGGACAAAUGCUGCACUCCAACAAGAGCGUUCACCUCUUUGUCACGGGAGCAGAGGAUAAGACCUCCUGAAGUCUGAAGUUAGUCCAGCAGGUAGUAAGUCCACAGGUUCCAGACCAGGGUCAUCUCUGUUCACUGAACGGUCAUCAAGACAUCAAGUACAGUAUGUUUUCACUAGGGAUGACUUGAUACAACUUUUCUAUGUCCAGUACUGUUACUGCAACUUGGAGUAUCACAGAGGGGAGUGCUGGUACAUCAUUUAGAGCAAU